AUGCUACGAUUUGCACGGGUGAGUUUUCUUGUCGUUGGUGCAGUUUCUGUUCCUUCAUCUGGAAUUCAGCGUCGUGGAAUAAGUGAUGAACCAUUGCAUGUAUCACCACAGUCAGCGCAAGUUCUUCAUAGUCUUUACCGCCGCCUCCGCAAGGAAGGGGAGACUAGAGAUAUGAUGGAACGGGCUCUUUCAGUUCACUCAUUGGAGGUAAGUAUUAGGUUGGGGCUUCGCCUUCUGCACUACCAUACCAUGCUAGUGAAUGCUGAUCGGGAGGCACAUGAAGUGGCAUCAUGGCGUAUUUUACGGCGAAUCCGUAUAGCAGCUGUUAGACGCUAUUUUGCUUGGCGUAUAUUUAUUAUCCGCCUUAGGCUUCGCAGCACUGCCGCUAUCAGCGAUGCUUUGGUGUAUUCACUUUUUAUGAUCACUUGUUUUAUGCUAUACCAGAUUUAUAGGGUAUGUCGCAUAGGUGUGUCACGGGCUGAGGAGCGCUACAGAACAAUGGCCAUCCCUAUUAAACAGACAUUUGAUAGUCUUGAGUUGGCACAACAGCGAAGAUUGGAACUGCGACGAGAAAUGGAAGAAGAUCUUGUACGGCAAAGGUAA